CUCAAAUGGACGCGUUUUCGUCGUUUCCCCGCCCUUCGCGGCCAGGCGACGCCUCGAGUGGCUCCUCAUGGCCACCCACAUCUGCCAAACCCGUCCCCCUGGCGCUCAAACUGACUGAGCCGCUCUUCUUGCGGAAGGUGGAGUGCACGAGGACGGAGGUGUACCUGCCCUUCGCGCGGAUAUCGUAUCGGCUGAACCCGACGCCAGAGGAGAUCGUGGUGGACGCAUCUGCCGACACAUCAUGCGUGAGUCAGGAGAUGGAUGGCAAUGCCCCGUGGGAAGGGGAGAUCUGUGUGGUUGUUGUGUGGUUAGGUUGCCCAGCUGCAGUUCUAUGGCCGCCCGAAGCAGCCACACAACGAUGGUGAUGGCGCCAGCCCUCGCUCAGGUAACAUCCAUCCAGACAACCACGGAUGCCUGGAUGCUGUCUUUCUUGGCAGCUUCGUCUGGUGGCGUGGGUGGUGCUUCUAGCUCGUCUGAUGAGUAUUUGGUGGCAUCGCUCGUCAUCCCCAUAUUCGCCUUCUUCGACAGUGAGUUACAACACAACCAACUGCACUGAGAUGGAUCUGUCUACCCUUUUCGUGUGGUGCAGCGUCCCUCUCGGACCAGCGUGUGUCGUUGAUGGUGUGGGCAGCCCUCGACAGGCCCGACAACUUCGACCACACACCAGUAGGGACGCACGGAAGACGCGCACAAGUGUCAGACGACAUUUGGGUGUCUGCUCGUGUGUCAGGAUCUGAAUAGCAACGCCGAGAAUGUCAAGAACUACUUCGAAGCACAAAUCAGGCGGUAAGCAUCCACCACAGGACCUGACUUGUCAGCUUUUCAUAUGUUCUUUCCUGCCUGUCAUGGUGCAGUGGGAGUGCCGUUGGUCGGCCGAAAGUCGGUCUGCUGAUGGAAAUGCACUCUCAGUGGAGCCUGCUGGUACGAGAGCGGAAGGCGCGGCCCGCCAUGGAAUGUCUGUUGAUGUGUACUGUGGUGCUGUGCCAUGGAUGUGUCAGAGUGAGGGCGAUGCGUCACACAUUCGCUACAAUCAGAUCGCACACACCAAGAUGUACCAGAUAUUCCAAGACGCUGUAAGAGAACCACUCACCCACUUACCCACACACACACAUUUUGCCCCCAUCCACAUGUGGUGUGCAGGAAGAGCAGUUGCGCUUGGCGCAGCGUGACGUGCACGACGUCCAUCGGCAGCUGGAGACGGCGCGCAAGGCUGCCAAAAACACAGAGAAGGCGGUAAGGCGGGCAUGCAGGCUGACAUGCGAACACGCACACAUGCUGCUUUGUUCAGAUAACCGAGGUAGCUGUUGAGAAGGAGCGGCAGAUACAGACACUCAGGCAGGAGGUCAGCCAGAGAACAUCAGCAGCACAAACAUGCCACACACUCUCAUGCAUGUGUGUCCCAUUUCCCCUCUUUGCAGCUGUCGUCGGCCCAGGACGAAUUCGAGAAGUACAGAGCCAUGAACUCACCAGACAAAGUAGACGAACUCAAUAGGGUAGGUGCACCACACGCCACAAAAGCAUGCAGACACUUGACACAGUCUCCUCUCUCCUUCCCAAUGUCGUUCAGAGCAUCGCCCGUCUGAACCUCAGCCGCAAGUCAGAGCAGCGCCGCAUCCAGAACCUCCAAGCCGAGCUCGACAAGUACCACAAGAUGCACUCCGAGCACCCGCCCCCCACACCGACAGCAGACACGGCCACCGCCAGGCCAUCCGGCGGCAGCAGCGCCCGUGACCGUGACAAGAGCACCGUCCGCGAGCGCGAGCGGAGCAGCUCGCCCUGCCCCAUAGAGCGCACCAACUCCAAGCUGCGUAUGGAUUUGAAUCGUAGCAGCUGCCGCAUAUUGGAGCUGGAGAAGCGUCUGCUGAAGGCUGUGGACGAGGUCAAGUGGGCGCGGCAGGAGGAGGCAGACAAGCAGAGGAAGAGCGUAGAGUCACUCAGGGGACAGGUGGGCCGGCGGGAGGGGCAUGGGAGGGGGAUGGAUGAGAAGCACACCGUCUGUGUGUGUUGUUGGUUUUCGUGGUCAGCUGAAGGUGUCUGAGGGCGAGAAGAAGCUGCUCAGGUCGAUGCUGCGCGAAAGAGAGCAGGUGGGGAGGGAGGGAGGGAAAGAGAGGGACACGCUGCAACGCAUUGUGUCGUGUUCAUCACUUCAGGAGAGCCGCGAGCUCGACCGACGGUUCGUGGCCAUCUCUGGCGAGGUGGCACACGCGCAGGUGCGUCAAGCCACAACCCACCGACACAUGCAUGGGAGCUUCUCUUCAAUGUCUCGCGUUGCCUGCUCUCCUAUCUCUCUCUCUCUCUCUCGCAGGAGUGUUUCCGACAGCGUGAGCGUCAGCUGUUGGAUGAGAUCUUCCGUCUGCAGCACAUCCUAAGCCAUGGCGCACCGCCCCCAAUACCAACUGAGCACCUGCAGCAGCAGCCUCCAUCCAACAUCCCCCAGCCGUCGUCACGUGAGCACCUUAUGGGCGUCAUCAACCACAGCAAGAAAGUACUCAAGCGACACGGGUGAGUUGCAAGCCCACUGCCACUCAGAGACAGAGCAAAUAGAACUUUUAGCGCCUGUGUCUGUGUCACCAGGAUGCCAUCGCAUUCAUCGCUGACACGUCUGACACAGCCCCGUUCCUCCCGCCACCCCUUCUCGCCCGACGAGCCCAUCCCAGUCGCACUGGGCGUCGCCAACACCGACACGCAGAACAGCAACCCACUCGACGACACUUUCGACCAGCGACAGCAGCAGCAGCAGCAGCAGGAUGAAGAGGAUGAUGGAUACGACGAUCACCCUCAGCAGUGGCGCGGGCCGCCAGUGCCCGGCCUGUUGGUGAGCGACCGCCACGAUUGGGAUGGGACGCAGGGAGGAGAGGAGAUGGAUGGGCGCGGGGGAGGGGGCGGGAGGGAGAUAGAGGGGGCCGCAGAGGAGGGUCCUGUAUGUGGUGAUGAUGGGAGUGGUGUGGACAUCGAGCUGCCGCGGGAAAAAGAUGACCAUCACAAAGACCACGAGGAAGAAGGUCAGGCAGAAGAUGACCACAUACAUGGACUCCCCUGCAGUGGGGUCACAUUCCUCCUUCUUUCCCUGCUCUUUGCAGUACCGGAGGCCCCUUCGGCGCCGCCUGUGCCCCAGACCGACAACGACCCGCUCCCCCCAUCUGCCGACGAGGCAGCUCCCGUCACGCCAUUCUCAGCGGCCGACCAGUCCUCGCCCCCUCACUCAUGCAUCAUCGUCAACAACGACGCAUCAUCCAGUGCGCCGGUCACACAGCCGCUGCCAUCGUCGCAGCAUGACAGGGAGGACUGCGAGGAGAAGGUCGAGCUCACGUCGGAGGACGACCUGCUCUCCCGUCGGCCGACCACCCAGAUGGACGAAGUCAUGUCCGCGGCUGGUGGACAGAGGCAGCCGCGGCAGGAGGAAAGGGGCGACAGUAGUGGUGGCGGUGGUGGUGGCGGGGACAUGGCGGGCAGCAGGGGGGCGAGCAUGGCGCUCAUCCACGACGGCAACGGGCAGUGGCAGGUGGCCCCGUCCUUUCUGGCCCAGCCGUCCUUCCCCCCGACCAACCUGAGCAAACUCAAGGCGAGCCUGUCACCCAGGGGCACACACGCAUCAUCAAGGGGCAAGAAAGACAAGGACCGCGGCCUGGCUGCUGCAUACUCGCCCCGUAGCUGGCGUGAGAGCAGUGGGUCGCCGAGAAGGGGCGGGAUGGCUGGGGGGAGGGGCGGCUUCAUGCGCGGCGGCAGCAAACACAAGGAGACCGUCCUGUAUUCCAAGAGCGCCGCGGCCAAGGGGGUGCUCACCCAGCCGAAGGAGAACCCCUUCAUGUGAGCAACGCCCAACGCAUACAUCCGCCACAUGUCUCUAUCCAUGUGUUCAUUCUGGCUGUGUCGUUGCCGUGUCAGGAUCAGUGACGACGACGGAAAGAGGCCCAAGAGGAGCCCCUCAUCCCCUAACUUCCCCGGCAGCUCCCACGAAGACACUGUCAUGCCCUCACCAGCAGCACGGCAGCAGAUACCAGGCCACACCAGCCACCAGCAGCACCACCAGAAGCAGCAGCAAAACGUCCAGGUCAUCCCUCCCUCCAUCCCCUCCCACUUGGCCCACCCUGUGUGGCCGCCGCCCCACACGCAUUACCCUCACGCGUAUGCCUACGUGCAGCAGCCGCCCCUCUACCCGCCCCCGCCCCCCACUCGGCAGCGAUCGAGUCCGCAGCUCGGUCUGCGGGAGAUGGACGGCGACAGUCCGUGGGCUGCGGUGCAUGGCGAGGCGCUGCCGAAGGCACAGAGGAACUGAGCAGGGAGUAGGUAGAGAUGGAUUGAAAUGUGUAUAAUAGAAGGGGAGUGGCUACGUAGUUCUGCCUGAGCGAGGGUGCUGGGGGUAGCUUGGCGGACACUGACUGCUGAAGGACAACAUCGAUGCUUUGUGAAGACACGAUAUGCGAAGAUCUCACGCAAAGUUUCAU